GGAAGCGUGACACGGCCAGUGCCUUUGGAUGCUGCUUCAGCCCCAAGGACCUGCAGGGGACAACCCAUGGUGAUCCCAAAGAGGUGGUACCCACCAUCUCUGCUGGGGGGAUGCCAGGAGCCACCUCUGCAGCAGCACCUUCGGCUGGGAGGGCACCCAGGCGUCCCACGCCUGCUUCUUCUUCUUGGGAGCUUCCUAGCUGCUCUCGCCCAUCGGUGGCUGGUUGGCCGACGUCUACUUGGGCUGCUAUGGCACCGUGCUCCUCAGCUUCAUGAUCUACCUGGUGGCAGCAUGCCUGCUGCCUGUCACCGCAUGGCCGGAUGGACGCCUCUCGGUGUGUGGGCAGCUGCCUGCUGACACCACCCAAAACUGCUCUGGGCAUGGUGGUGGGACAUGUCAAGGGCAGCAGCAGUAUUGUGCCCCCACCAUCUACACUGGCCUCAUGCUCCUGGCGCUGGGUGUCAGCUCCAUCAGAGCCAACCUCAGCUCCUUUGGCGCCGACCAGGUGAAGAACCAGGGCAGAGACACCACGCAGCACUUCUUCAACUGGUUCUACUGGAGCACCAACAUCGGAGCUGUCUUCUCCCUGCUGGUGGUGGCUUUUGUCCAGCAGAACAUCAGCUUUCUGGCUGGUUACCUCACCCCUGUCACCUGCUUGGCUUUGGCCCUCUUCAUCUUCCUCCUGGCCACCCCUACCUUUGUCACCAAGCCCCCGACGGGCAGCGAGGUCUCUGCCAUGAUCAAGCUGGCCAUGCAGAGCUGGGGUUGCUCCUGGCUGGGGGGCACCAGGGAAAGGUUGGGCGCUCACUGGUGGGACCUUCCACCCAACAAGGGAGCCCAGCCUGGAGCCCCUUCACCCGAGGAGGACCUUGCCAACUUCCAAGUGCUUGCCCGGAUCCUGCCGGUGAUGCUGACCUUCAUUCCAUACUGGAUGGUCUACUUCCAGAUGCAGUCAACAUAUUACCUGCAAGGUCUGAAUCUCCACAUCCCCAACAUCUUCCAGCAUGACCAGGACCACACCGACACCCUCCAGGGCUACACGUUCCCUGAUGCUUGGCUGCUCCUGGCUAACGUGGUGGUCUUGCUGGCCUUGGUGCCCCUGAAGGACCACGUCAUUGACCCCUUCCUAGCCAGGCGGAGGCUGCUGCCCUCAGCUCUCAAGCAGGCGGUGCUGGGCAUGUUCUUCAGCCUCGCCUCCGUCCUUGCAGCAGGCAUUGUGGAGUGGGAGCGGCUGUGGUACGUGCGCCACAACCAGACGGUGCCACAGCUCAUUGGCAAGGACCACUAUCUGGCUGCCACGCUGCCCAUCUGGUGGCAGGUCCCCCAGUUCCUGCUUAUGGGCAUCAGCGAGCUUUUUGUCAUCAUCCCUGGCCUGGAGUUUGCCUACGCUGAGGCCCCCAAGUCCAUGAAAGGAGCCACCAUGGGUCUCUUCUUCUUCAUGUCCGGGGUGGGCCUGCUGCUGGGGUUAGGGCUCGUGGCCCUCCUCUCCCUGCCCAUCCAUGGGUGGAUGCGCUGCCCAGAGGACUACGGGAACAUCAACAGCUGCCACAUGGGCAACUACUUCUUCCUGCUGGCCGGCAUCCAGUUGGUCACCUGCUUGCUCUUCAUUUGGAUGUCCAGGUGCUACCAGAGCCGGCCACCACAGCUGCGUGCCUCCCACCGCUGCCCAAGGCUGGUGGAAGACUGACAC